UGUCGAAUAAAUUAAUAAACAUUGUCAAGACUCAAGUUCAAGUUAUACUGCCAGUAAAUUAGGUAUUUUUUUUCUUAAUUCACGUCUAAUUAACGAGCAAUGAGAAGGGAAUUUAUACUAGUACUGCUAGGUAUUAUUAGUAUUUCUACGCUAUCAUCACUUUUAUCGGGUUAUGUGCAAAUUGAGCCAGAUAAAAUUCUGCUAGACACUGUGGUUGGCAUCGUUGGUGCUGGAAAUUUUUCUUAUUGGCAGCUAGGCCACACGGGGCCUUUAUUAAUAGAAUUAACGUCUCUCACUGGUGACGCAGACCUUUACGUGUCAGAUUCGGUCAGGCCAAGUUAUGAAGUGGACAAGAAUAAUUUCAGCUCUGCAACCUGUGGUCCUGAACUGGUUAAUAUACCAUUUGAAUUUCCACGACCCAUUGGAAUAGGUGUAUUCGGUGACUGGUCACAUGCAAUAUCAGAGUACAGCAUACAUGUGUUCCUUGACACAUCAGCCGUGCUCAGUGAAGAGCAGCUGCUGGCUAUAGAGCGCUUCCACACCAACCCCGAAAGAUCUGAUAACACAAACCAACGGACCAGAGAAAAGGUUGCCUCGAGGAGGACGGACGACGAGAAACCGAGAUUUAUGAAACUGUUAAAUAUUCUAGAUAUGAUAUUUGAUAUGUUGGUUCUGUAGUUUGGAUCAUUUUAUAUCAAAGACAACCUUUGCAAAUUGAUUUUGUAAGUCACAAGCAAAAAACUGACGAACGGUCUUGGGACGAUUUUGAAUAACGUCCCGUACAAAUUCUGCUAUCGGAAAGGAAGACGGAUCGUUAUUCGAAUAUCGAUGGAUCGGUAUUGAUGUCCUCCCCCCCAUUUUGAGUAGUCGACAUAACUCCCAAUAAACAUUAUUAAGUACUUCCAAUCAUUUAGAUAAUCAAUUUUAUAAAUUUAAUAUAAAAACUAAUAAGUAAGCAAAUUUGAAGAAUGUCGCUGGUUUGACAGUGAAAUGUCAAUGCCAACAGCUGAGUGAUUCUGAAAUAAUUCACCGCGGAUGUAUCUCACUCGUGAAAUGUUGUCAGCUGACUCACGGUGAAGCGCCAUUUUGUUACGUGUCUCCUGAAUUUUAUAACAAUCAAUGUCGAAUAUCGCAUUCUAAAAUUUUACGAGCGUGUUCUGCGAUGAGUUUCGAGUUGCAAGUUUCGAGUUUAUUCUUGAAGUGUUCCUGCUGCGAGUUUUUGUUACUUAAACUUAGUGUUUAAGUUUACUGCGAUUCGUAUGCAAUUAAAGCAACGCCAUCUAGUGACAGACAUUGGAAUAAAAAUUUCUGAGUUUUUUACAUCACCGUUAACGAGCACACAUCACGUCAACGCUCGUGAUUGGUUGUUUUCAGUAUUUUGCGAGUGCGGGCAGCAGUUUCCAGAAUUGUAAAUGUCAAAUUUACGUUAAAAUGGUAAAGCUAUACGAUUAAGUAUGUAAAACUCGCAUUAGGCGUACUGAACACCUCUACGGGGCCGAUUACUUCGCCGAUGUUAAGGAGCCGAUAGAAGAUGAAUCGCGUGCGGUUGAGUUAACAAACCAAAUUAAAUAAACAAUAUAUUAAGAGUUUCUUCGUUAAUCCUUAACGUAUAAACACACCAUUAAAAAAAAGAUUAUGUAUCAAUAAGAAAAUUGAGUUUAACUCAUUAUUCUUCUGAAUAUCUAAUAAUCUCGACAUCGCUCUAUCCUGUAACCAAGCGAACUAGAGAUAGUAAAAUUAUUUUAAUCGACUAACUGACAUUUACAUCCUAUAGGUAAGUAUUACAACAUUCCUAACAAUAAAAUCAUAAUAUAUACACUGUUAAACAGAGGACUGAGAACUGAACACUGUGGGGGACAUUUCCGGAAAAAUCUGGCCCUCGGAUCUAAGAUUUUUCGAAUCGGAACAGAAACUCGGUAAUAGCUUCAUUUCAUGAAUGUUUUCAAAAUCAAAUGCCAAAGUGUCUUCGAACAUGAAUUUGACGCCCCCUGAAACCUGCUGGUAGAUUGGGAACAAUUUAGUUCCUAUUGAGAUACUUAAGUUGUCACUAAAACAUAAAUUCGAUGUAUAAAGGGAACGUUAAAAAUAUAUUUGAAGCCAAAACUCACAUAAUGCUUUUAGGAUAUUUUGUGAUUUGUCCAAGGCCUUUGAUUGCCUGCAACACAAGAUUGAUGAGAAUAGGGUUAGUAAGUGGACUACUGAGUUUUAUUGUUUCUUGUCGGUAGAAUCUACAUACCGGUCGGAUGGAAGCUUUGAAUUUAAUUUAAAUUUAUUAUAAUUUAUUGAAGUUGUUGAUUCCAAUUUUAGUAGUACAACGUAUACGUUAAAAAAAACUUGUUUAAUUUAAAAAGGUAAUUGUUGUUAAUGUUUUUUAGGUGAUAAAAAUAAUGAAAUGAUCGCCUCGAGGCAAUUUUAAAUAAGUAUGUUAAUACCUGUGGCUGUAAAAAUAACUCUUAAAAAAGAUCUGGUGGCGAUGAGCGACUGUCGUGUUGCCAGAAUGACAAGUUCUUAUUGAGGAGGAAUAAAGGAAUUCUUUAAUUAUA